UCUUUGCGCUUGCUGCAAUCUUUAGGUGACGAAGAAAGACUCCACCAACCGGGAGAUAUUCAGCAUCCAUAUCGACAACAGUGCCCCAGGAGAUAUACAAUUACAACAGCAGUUGAAUGACCCGCUCAAAAAACCCCCGCCUUCAACUACUAUCAGCAUCACCAACAGCUGCAGCUUCGGCUUCAGCUUCUUCGUCGACUUCAGCAGCUUCCUCCUCGUCUUCUCAGCCUCUCCUCGACUCAUCUUCCCAUCCACACAUUUUUUACGGCGCCGUCAACAUGACCGUCAACCCUAUCGAGGCCGACUCCAAGCUCGGCUUCACCACGACCGUCGUCUCCUCCGGCUCGGGAGACAAGAACGAGGGCAGCAACGUUAACAGCCAAGCCAUCAACCAUGGCGACAACGCCAACAAUGACGCCGCCGUCACCGAUGCCACCGUCUCCCAGGGAAUUCACAUCCUCGAGGCCGAGUCCGUCCACUGGUGGUCCUACCUAGCUACGGCCGACUUCUGGGCCGUUAUCGCCGUUGGCCAGGUCCUGUCGCUGUGCAUCACUGGCACAAACACCUUUACCUCGUUCCUUGCCAAUGCCGGCACCAACAUCCCCGCCUUCCAGACCGUCUUCAACUACAUUCUGCUCUUCCUCGUCUACACCGCAAUCACCCUGUGGCGCGAUGGCCCCCGUGUCUGGUGGGACAUCAUGGUCAAGGAUGGCUGGCGCUACUUCAUCAUGUCCUUCCUCGACGUCGAGGGCAACUACUUUACCGUCCUGGCCUACCGCUACACCAACCUGCUGUCCGCCCAGCUGCUCAACUUUUGGUCCAUCGUUUGCGUUGUCAUUAUCUCUUUCCUCCUGCUUCGUGUGCGCUACAAGCUGUUCCAGGUCAUUGGUAUCCUCAUCUGCUGCGGUGGCAUGGGUAUCCUGCUUGCCUCGGAUCACAUUACUGGCUCCAACGGCGGCCCAGGUGUUGAUAUGGUUAAGGGCGAUCUCUUUGGCCUUCUCGGUGCCACUCUCUAUGGUGUUUCCAACGUUUUCGAGGAGUGGCUUGUGUCCAAGCGCCCCAUGCAUCACGUCUUGGCUUUUAUGGGCUUCUUCGGCAUGUUCAUCAAUGGCGUUCAGGCUGCCAUCUUCGACCGCACGUCCUUCCGCGAUGCUCACUGGGACAACUCCGUCGGCGGCUGGCUCGCCGGCUACACCCUCUGCCUAUUCAUCUUCUACACCCUAGCUCCCCUCAUCCUGCGUAUGGGAAGUGCUGCCUUUUUCGACAUCUCGCUGCUGACGGCCAACUUUUGGGGCGUCAUCAUCGGCAUCCACGUCUUUGGAUACGUCAUCCACUACCUGUACCCCAUUGCCUUUGUCUGCAUCAUCAUCGGUCUCGUCAUCUACUUCCUGUCCGGCAGCGUCCUCGGCGACUCCAAGAAGCCCUGGCUGGGUGCUAACCAGGAAGACGGCGUGGCUGGCUUUGGCACUGCCAAGUUGCGUGCCAUUAAUGCCGCCAGGAAGGCUCAACUGGAUACUGAGGCUGCUUCUACUCCUAAUGUUCAGUAAACGAACAUAUAAGCUAAUAAACCUACAAGUAAGAAGGGGAAACGAGAGAGUAAUAACUAUAGUAAAUAAU